AUGUCGGACAACGCCCAUCCUGGUGUUCGCAGCCUGCUGGCCAAGUUCGAGAACAGCCAGAGCCCGAUUACCUCCCCGCCGUCUCGUGGCCGAUCCCCCGUUGGCUCAGAUACCCCAGGCUCGGCCAGGCAGCUGUCCAAGGUUCGUGCCAGCUUUGUGACUGUGGAUGGUGCCAUCCAGUCAAGCCCUGGCUCGCCAUUGAGAAAGACCAGUGGUCGGAGUGACAGCCCGGGAAUCUUCGGACCCAAGAUCAAUGCGGACGAGAUUGAGUCGCGACGCCAGAACAAUGUCAUUUCUCCGACGCCUGGUGGGCAUGGCAAGUCUUACACUGGCAUCCUUGAUGGUGUGGUAGAUGAAGCUCAGCCUGAGAAAGCUGCAAUUGCGACAAAGGAGCGCAAGGUCAGCGACAGUCAACGGACGACGGCAUACACCGACAGUGCAGCUCCGCCAGAGGCUGCGCCGGCAAAGAAGGAAGCGCCGGUCUCCAGUGCGUCAACCAUCACGGACGAGAAAGCGAAGACUGGACCGAAAACAGUAACCAAGCGACCCUCCAAUGUCCACACUGCCAAGCAGAACACUACAGCCAAGCCGUCUACCUCAUCAAGAACAGGCGCCAACAAUGGAACUGCCAAACCUACCUCGGCCCGCGAAGUGGCCAAGGAACGGGCCAACGCUCUUGCUCACAAACCCAGUCGCCCUUCACUAAACCCUGCAACCAAGACCACCACCCGGGCGACGCGGGGCGCAACCCCAUCCGCCGACGCUCACAAACCAUCUACCGGCAGCACCGUCAACAAAGCUCGAUCCAAAUCCCCAACCAGACCCGCUCGCCUACCAAGCUCGAUGACCGCACAAACUCAAUCAUCCAAUGCCAAGCAUGGAAGCGCUGGACCAGCGACGGGACGGGCCGAAAAGCCAGCCGCAACUCUCACGAGAAAGCCAUCUACGCUCAAGAGUGCGGCAGGCCCUACGGGAGCCGUUCGGCGGCAACCAUCUCGCCCUUCCCUCCCCGCGCAGACCGCCCCUGAGCGGCCCAGCUCUCGCGUUAGUGAAACUGGCGCAAAGCCCGUCAAUGAAAGUUUCAUUGCCCGAAUGAUGCGCCCGACGGCUAGCUCCGCUAGUAAGACCCACGAAAAACCCGAUAUGAAGCCUCUUCCAAAGUCUGCAGCUUCCAAGGCUCCUCGGCCGUCAAUGGGACGACCCUCAGACCGUGGCGUGGCUCAGGCAAAGGCCAAGCCCGCGGCUUUGAAGCCACAGAGUGAGAAGUCUCAGCCUGCGCGCAAGGAGGCUCCAUUGAAAAAGGAAGAAGUGAAGGCCCCUCGACAGAAGGAGGAAAGUGACAAGGAGAACAUUGAGGAUGUCGCUGCUGCGAUUCCUGAAGAACCUUCUGUCACAGAGACCAAUGAUGCCAUCAUCGAUGAACCCGAGCCAGAGGUCUCUGCCGAGGAUGUCGUUGAGGAUGUCGCCGAGAAGCCAGCAGAGUCAACUGUCGCGGAGGCCGAGCUCGAGACAUCCUUGGAAUCAAUCGUGGAGCCCACUGAGCCGUCUGUCGAACCAGCUGCCACGGAAGCUGCAGUUGAGGUUUCCACUGAACCUGUCUCCACAAAAGCUCCAGAGGGAUCUGAUCAUCAGGAGGAGACAACCGAGGAUGUUGAGGUUCCUGUCGAGAUCCCUGCUAUUGAGACUACGGAGGAAUUGCGUGAGCAGGAAGAAGAGGCGCCUGCUGUGAAUGCUGUGGAAGAUGUACCCGCCGAAACCCCAAUUGAGACCAAUGGUGAGGAGCAGUCUUCUGUCUCGCAGCCUGAGCCAGAACCACCCAAGGAGGAAAUCCUUGAGGCUGUUGUCGAACCCAGCGAGCCUGUCGUUGCCGAGGAUGUCACCAUCCCUGAAGAAGACCAGACUCUCAAGGCAGAGCCCGAGGUCUCUCAGCAGACCGAGGCUCCUGCCUCAACUUCCAUUGACGAUGCACCCGAGAUCACGGAGGAUACGAGCGAAGCUCACCCUUCCGAGAAGAUUCAGGAGCCUAAGGAGUCUAUCCCAGUUGUGGAGUCUGCAGCUUCCGCCAAGUCGGAUACCGUCGACAUUGACUUUGCUAACCUGGCUCUGAGCUAA